AUGUCGCGAACACUCCCAAGAGAUUUUAAUCCUCACAUCCUCCUGAGCGCUGAGGACGCUCCUACCUAUGAUGAGCUUCUUGUCCGCCGUCGUUUGGGAAAGACCAACCUUUCUGUGAAGCCAUCUCAGAUCGGAACCUCGAAUGCGACUAAGCGUGAGAACCUAGGCGUCUUCGAGUACGCGCAUCUUCGUGCUCCUUUGCCCAAGGACCUCAAAGGCUCGGAGAUCUUCCCCUCGCACACCCCGGCGCAGCACCCGGAAACCUACUUUUUGAUGCGACGCAGCAAGGAUGGGUUCGUCAGUGCUACUGGAAUGUUCAAGAUUGCAUUCCCCUGGGCCAAGGCCGAGGAAGAGAAGAACGAACGCGAAUACCUGAAGGCUCGCGAGCACACCAGCGAGGAAGAAGUUGCUGGUAACGUGUGGAUCUCGCCCGCAUUUGCCCUUGAGCUCUCCAAGGAGUACCGCAUGUACGAAUGGGUCCGAGCUCUGCUGGACCCAACAGACAUCGUGCAGAGUCCUUCAAGCGCGAAGAAGCAGAUUACUCCCCCUCCCAAGUUCGAAAUUCCCGCAGAUGAGCCCGUUCUCGGCCAGCGCAACCGCAGAGGUCGCUCGGCUUCCCCCAGCAAGCUGUCUUCUCCCCGCAAGUCCCGUGCCACCCGCGUUACCAAGGAUGUCACAAGCACCCCGUCCACAACUGCCGCCAAUGCCAACCUGCAGUCGGCACUUGACAUUACAGCAGCUAUUUUGGACGCGGAUACAAUUCCCGAGCUAGGAGCCAUCGACGGUGAAACAGAGGUGAAGGGAUCUGGAUCGCCAUCAAAGAAGCCCAGAGCCCGCAAGUCAAAGAGAGGUACUACCGCAGAGCCUGAAGAAGAGGCCCAGGAGGAGACGAAAGAGCAGAAGAAGGAGAAGAAGAAGACCGAGAAGAAGGAAAAGAAGAAGGAGGAAAUGGAGGAAAUCAAGGAAGAGUCCGCGGUCGAAGUUGCAGUGGACAGCAAAGCCACCGAAGAUGUUAAGACUACCCAAACCACGGUUUCUCUCGAUAUGCCUUUCAGUCUCCCUGAGGUUCCGUCUGCUGCAGAGACUGAGGACAUGAUUGCCCAAGCCAAGAGCAUGGUGGAAGAGGCCAUCAAAGCUCAGGCUGAAGGCACUCUCACUGAGUCAUCUGUGAAGGUGGUGACAAAGAAGCGCAAGUCUGAAGAGGACGAAGAUGAGGAGACCUCCGCGGAAUCUUCUCAGCGGGCAAAGAAGGCCAAGAUUCUCGAGAAUAAGCUGAAGCAGGAGCGUGUCCGCAACCGCUCUAUCUUUGGUGUUUCCGUGGCAUUUGCACUUGCUGCCUCGAUUCCGUACUUCUUCUAA